AUGGCUCCCGCUCCUAUUGAUCCACGCAUCGUCGACGUUGCAGCGCCGAGGAAGGACACACUUGGUCUUCCUGAGCCUGCACGUGAACGUCUAGAAAAAGCCGGCAUUAAUCUCAGCGAAGGCUAUCCGUAUCGUCCUUCUCGUCCUCUUUACCUUGAUGACGUAUAUAAUGUCCGAAACUACGAUCGUCUCCAUAUAGACCCCGGCAGCCGAGCCGACCCCGAGAAAAAAGCACUUUUGUCCGCCGCGACAAAUGUAAUCCCAUUGACUAGACACAUUGGAACUGAGAUUGUCGGUUUGCAACUGAAGGAUCUAACAGAUCAGCAAAAAGAUGAAUUGGGUUUGUUGAUUGCCGAGCGAAGCGUUGUCUUCUUCCGAGACCAAGAUAUCACCCCCCAACAGCAGAAAGAAUUAGGAGAAUGGUUUGGAGAAAUCGAGGUCCAUCCUCAAGUUCCUCAAGUGCCCGGCGUCCCUGGCGUGAGCGUAAUGUGGCCAGCAUUGCAAGCAUCCGAGAACCCAGCAAGCUUUCGUCGACCGGGCGGAGCAUCACGAUGGCACAGCGAUCUUGUGCACGAAAGACAGCCCGCAGGAGUAACGCAUCUGCAUAACGACACCGUGCCCACAGUCGGAGGAGAUACCCUCUGGGCGAGCGGGUACGCGGCAUACGAGAAGCUGUCACCACUAUUCCGCAAACUGAUCGAUGGCCGAACUGCUAUAUACCGCUCGGCUCACCCCUACCUGGACCGCAAGAAUCCAGAAGAUGGACCAAAAUACGUGGAACGGGAGCAUCCUAUCGUCCGUGUUCACCCGGCUACAGGCUGGAAAGCACUGUGGGUAAACCGGGCAAUGACGGUGCGCAUCGUUGGGCUUGAUAAAGCCGAGAGCGAUGUGAUCCUGGGAUACUUGUAUGAUGUUUAUGAGAAAAAUCCUGAUAUCCAGGUCCGGUUCAAAUGGACUCCUCGCACGAGUGCGUUGUGGGAUAAUCGGAUCACUAUCCACAAUGCCAGCUGGGACUAUGAGGGAUCUCAGCCUAGACAUGGAACGCGGGUGACUUCGCUCGCUGAGAAGCCUUUCUUUGAUCCCAAUGCACCUACCCGGCGGGAGAAGUUGGGUCUUUUGGGCCCUGAGGAGGUUGCAGAGCUAGAGAAAUUGUCUGAUCUCCUUCGGUUGGAGUAA